UUCCCUGUUGCAGGCUGGGCGAUUCAGCGCCUCCAUCCAAUCGCAGGCGAUUCCGCUCUGUGUCAGAAAAAAAAACAGACUGAUUUAUAUGGCCUGUUUUCACGCCAGGUUGGGACCGGUGUUCACUGCGCGUCUUCUUCUCCGGGACGAGGGAGAGAAAUUGCAGUGCAAGAGGGCCGGUGUGUGAGGAUUUCACCUUCAGGAACCCUUAGCUGGAGAGGCCAAUGCUGCUACUGAACCCACCCUGGCAGUCGCUGUCCACCGGCCGUGGUGCUCAAACAGACGCAUACAUCCUUCCCCGGGUGACGUAGUCGAAAAAGUCAAUGCUAGUGGGGGAUUGGUUUUAAAAACAAGGGGUAUAAUAAAGGCAGAGAUAAGUGAGCGCGCUAUUAAAUAAAUAAUAUAAAAAACAAAAUCACAAAACAAGACGGGAUCCAAGUGACUGGAUUUCUCAGCACUGUGUCAGUUUCCUCACUGAAGUGGUCGAGACAUCGACAAAGGAAGAGGAAAAAGACUUCAGUCCAUGAGCCUUAAAGCCCCUCCGUCGCCGCAUUCCCGGUGAGCACGCCUACACCCCGUUCUCCCAGUUUGCGCACCGGUGCGGGAAGUCGCGCGCAGGAACGGCUCCGUCGCCGUUUCCAUGACGACCGAGCGAGCCGUUCCAGGGACCGGACGCGGCCGCGAGCCACCCGCGAGCGCUGCCCUUUGCCGCGUGGAGGCGUGUAAGCGGGAGCUGCCGCGUUGAAAAGGGUGACGCACGGAGAUGGAGGUAGAUGCUGAUGCUUGGGUCAACAUGUUGCCAAAAUCGAGGAGAGCGUUAACCAUUCAGGAGAUCGCGGCGUUGGCCAGGUCAUCGUUACACGGUAUCUCACAGGUGGUGAAGGACCAUGUGACCAAGCCGACCGCCAUGGCUCAGGGCCGUGUGGCUCACCUGAUCGAGUGGAAGGGCUGGUGCAAACCUACCGACUCACCCGUGGCCCUCGAAUCGGACUUCAACUCCUACUCUGACCUGACAGAGGGAGAGCAGGAGGCGAGAUUUGCUGCAGGUCACAGCCCUGAGAGGGAAGUCUUCACAUGUGCAGCUGGAAUUUGGUUCCGGACCCAGUUAGGGCAGUAAGAUCCAACAGCAUUUCCGGUCUGGAGUUGCUUUGUUUAACCCCUUGGCUGCCAUCAGGGGCAUAGCUAGAGCUGAAUGGAUGUGGGGCUUUACUUGGGGGGGGCAAGCAGUGGCAAGCAUAUAAUGUACAAAGUUAUUCAGAACACAUUUAUAUGGGGGAGGCUAAAAAACAUUUUAGGGGGGCUAAGCCUAACGAUGCCCCUGACCGCCAUGUCUGUGCUCAUCAUCACAUGCCGCCUGCCUGUUUUUCAGUCCUUCUGCAUAUAUUAACCAAGCGAGCCUCUGCCUCGCUCACCACGUUUGCUAAAACCAGCUACAGACUGAUCUGAACAGGCUUUAAU